UUAUUUCACUUGGCAUUAGGUAUCUCCUCUGAUACACACUGAGUUUUGUUUUGCGUACCAAACAGCCAGCAAUAAGUAAAGCUACGUAUAUGUAAACAUCUGCGUUAUCAUCUUAAUCGACUCUAGGCAUCUCUCUGUUCUCUAUAAUUUUGCUCUCCAAACUCAAUUCACGUGAAAAGAACUAUUUUGUUGUGCGGGUCAAAGUCGAAUGUUAGUCUGUUUGUGCGUCCGUCAUUAUUAAACGCUACUGGACGGGAAAAAAAUUACUACGUGCUCUUCACAGUUCACGAAAAAUCGUUGUAACUCAAAAAAAGAAAUCGACUAGGAAUUCAGAAUUAAAAAUUGAUAUUCAGCUACAAUGUCAGGAAGAUAUUCUUCAACAUUACAGCGUGAGUGCGCCGAUCUCUACUCUAAAUUAGAGAAAAUGGUCAACGAUUUUCCGAGCUGUAAACAAAAACAUUCAGAAAUUUAUGAGAGUAAAAUGUGGACAAAACCAGUCGUUAUUGAGAACCUUUUAAGACUUGCUAUUAGAAACAGACAUUUUGGCAUCAUCGACAUCUGCGCGGAAAAUUCUAAGGUAAAACUUUAUCCAGACCCCGCAACUGGAAAAUUAAAAAUUAUUGAUUUUGCUAAAUUUGUGAAAUGCCCUGAUGAUUGUAUCGAUAUAAUCUAUGGGAUGUACGAGUACGACUUUGAAAAUUGUACCGAUCCAUGUGGAUUGUAUCGACUUUACGACGCAGCUUUCAAAUCGAGGGACAAUUUAAACAAAUUGAAGAAUCGUAAUGUCAAUGAGAUUCUUUCCGACGGAAAGUUUAACUGCACACCAUUGUGCGUAGCCGUUGGCAAUGCUCAGAAUGAAAUUGUUCAAUUAUUACUGCAAACUGGCGCGAAUCCUAAUAUUGGACAUGAAAAAGGUAUGCUUUUACCUUUGCGUCAUGCCUUUGAUAACAGGCAAAUCUAUAUAGCUGAAUUGCUAUUGAAAAAUGGCGCUAAUCCAAACUUAGUCUACAGCGAAGAUGAGACUACACUUUUGCACUGGAUUUGUGAUUGUUUGAACGAUAAGACGAAACGAUUUCUCAAACCGUUCGAUCCUAUGGAAUGGAUUCACCUUCUCCUUCGUUACAAGGCGGAUAUUAAUGCCAAAGAUGGUAAUGGUCACAGCCCCAUGUUCAGAUUAUUUAACCGAAUAAGGGUUUUCGAAAGUGAACUUUUUGAGUUAUCGAAAUUUUUUUUAAAAAACAAUCCUAACGUCUCGCAAGUUAAUGAAAAAGGAGAAAACGUCCUACAUUUAAUCGCCAGCUGGAUUUAUUGCUCUGAUGAAGAUCGUUCAAGCCAUCUUACAAUAGCUAAAAGCCUCUUGGACCUUGGAGCCGAUGUGAACGCCAAAGACUGCAAAGGAAAUACUCCAUUACAAGUGGCUGUGACUUGGGCCGUUUCCAAUCUAGUAAAACUAUUUCUGGAUAAUGGUGCCGAUGCGCAGAAUGUCAAGUAUGAAUGGAAACAUUUAGGUAGAACCAAGAGGAGUGACAACUUUUAUGAUUUCUUUUAUUAUGUGCAAAACGUUCUGGAUAUUAUCGAAUUGAUGAAGAAUAAAGUAGAAUAUAUGGAUAAUAGCUGUGAACUCGCGGCAAAAGAUUUAUUCACUACAAUUUGUUAUUACGUUCUCCAUUAUAAAUUCGAUUUUCUAUUUACAAUAGGUUCUGCAUCAGAACUCGAGAACGUUAUUCUGAGUUAUUGUAAUAAUCAUGGAUAUACUGAAGCAUAUGUACAUUAUAUGCUCGAUCUUUAUCUCCAAAUAGUACAAAUUGGAAAGUUAUACAUAGAUACCGACAAAUUAAAUGUAAUAUCUAAGAAAAUGAAGAGUUUGAAUAGUUCAAAAGAUUCCACAUGGCCAAUUCGUGCAGGAAUUGAGGAUGUUGCCGAAAAAAUUGAAUGGGCAAGAUCAUUAAUGAUAAAAGACAAUGUUUCGCUUCUCGAUCUUUGCAGACGCAAUAUAGAUGAUGUAUAUUCAGUUUUAAAAAAUUCAAAUUAUAGAAAGAAAACUAAUAGUGAACAUUUUCUGGAAGAGUUAAGAUACUCCCAUAUUUCAGGCUUUAUAUAUGGGCAUAUGACCAGAAGCUUAAUCAAUGCAUUUCUUAAACGCAUAACGUAGAGUUUUUAAACGUAUAAAUAUUACAUUUGAAUUUCUUAUUCUAUGAAAUUAAAAUAUUCAGGUGUACAAGGCUAUCAGAAACUACAUUUUAAUAUUAUCUUGGCAAAUAAGUUGUUAUUUUGUAAUACAAAAUUACAUGUUAUAAAAUAUGAUGAAACCGUUUUCCACCACAAAAUUGGAACAAACACUUUUUUUUAAAAGCGAACUAAAACUUGCCAAAGUUGAAAUAUCAAAUCAAAGAGAUUAAAAUCUUUUGUUGUAUUAUUGUACGUUUGAAAUUAAAACAUUUUUGAUACUA